UAAAGUGGAACACUUUUCAAAGGUUACAGUAUUUAGUCGGACUGACAGCUGUGCUGCACAGUGCGCACUGAGGAGGCUGUCAACACGGUUUUAACAUUUUUAAGUACAUUAAGCGUUCUUGUGUGAUAAAGAGCAGCAUCAGAUCGUCUUGUCCUUUGCCUCAUGGUCUAAAUGGGAUGGAGGACGACGACGAUUGCCCCGAACUGGUGCCCAUCGACUCCAAGCCUGGUGUUCCGGCAGAGCAGAUACCUGUCACCAUCAUUACUGGCUACCUUGGUGCUGGAAAAACCACACUUUUGAACUACAUCCUAACAGAACAACACAACAAGCGGAUUGCAGUCAUACUCAAUGAAUUCGGGGAAGGGAGCGCCCUUGAGAAGUCUCUUGCUGUAAGCCAUGCUGGCGAGCUUUAUGAGGAGUGGCUGGAGUUAAGGAAUGGCUGUCUUUGCUGCUCCGUCAAGGAUAAUGGCCUUAAGGCCAUUGAGAACCUCAUGGAGAAGAAAGGCAAAUUUGACUAUAUCCUCUUGGAAACGACAGGAUUAGCUGAUCCAGGUGCCGUUGCUUCCAUGUUCUGGGUUGAUGCUGAGCUUGGUAGUGACAUCUAUUUAGAUGGCAUUGUGACAGUUAUUGACGCCAAGUAUGGACUCAAGCAUAUAACAGAGGAGAAGGCUGAUGGACUUGUCAAUGAGGCAGAAAGGCAAAUUGCACUCGCUGACCUGACAAUUAUCAACAAGACUGAUCUAGUGGGAGAGGCGGAACUUGCUCAAAUUCGAGACACUGUCAGGUCAAUAAACGGUGUGGUGAAGAUCCUGGAAACGCAGAGAUCAAGGGUGGACCUCUCAGAAGUUCUCGACCUUCACUCUUUUGACUGUAAGGAUGGAGCAAAACUGGAAGAAAAGCUGCACUUUGUGAAACCCAACAGACCUCAUCUUGACAAGAGUAUUUUAACAGUGACAUUUGAAGUAGCGGGAAGUCUUUCAGAAGAUGCCCUCAAUGUUUUCAUUCAGGAUCUCCUCUGGGAAAAGACGCUACGAAACAAAGAGGGGCAACCUAUGACUGUCAUCCGCUUAAAGGGAAUGGUGUCGCUGGCGACCAAAGCCCACCAGGUCAUGCUGCAGGGGGUCCACGAGUUGUAUGAGCUCAAUGAGACUCCCCAGCUUUGGGGGGAGCAGCCGCGGAUCAGCCGGCUGGUCUUUAUAGGAAGGAACUUGGACAAAGAUAUUCUCCAACAACAAGUCGUCUCCACUGUGCUACAAAGCCAUGGAUAAUGUGAAGCUUUUUAUCUUGGAAAACUAUGAACUCUGUAGUGAUUCUUUUGAUUUCAGUCACUCGAGAAAACUGAAAAUCAAGCUUAAUCUUAUUCACUGGAGUUGAUGAAGCAUACCUGAGGUUAGCUAUAAUGUUAAAGGUCCAGAUACAGUAUACAAGAAGUCUUUUUACUCAGAGAAGUGCCUUCUGUAAACAAUGAUAAUAAUGUGCUACAGUAUUUCACUUGUAUAAAGUGCAAGUAAAAUUUUAUAUUGAUUAUGAUACUAUUUUCAUUUAAAGCAACACUAGGUAACUUUUCCGUAUUGGUUGAUUUUAGCGACGCCGGUGGACAGAAGCGGUAGUAUUUGGUCUUAAGCAGUGUUGUCACAGAUUACUUAAAAAAGUAAUUUAAUUACUGAUUACCGAUUACACCUAAAAAAAAAAGUAAUCUAGUUACUUUACCGAUUACUUUAUUAUCAAAGUGACUGUUACUUUAAAAGUAACUUAUCAGUUACUUUUUACCAAUUUUUCUCCUUUUGUUGCCUCAACAUAAAAAUGACAACAAAAAAUGUCAUCGCAUGUAAUUGACUUUUUCACAUAAAGCUUAAUCUUUGUGUUAGCGGGGGUUUAAUUAGUCGAUGGAUUUCAACCACCAUUGACUCGCGCUAGCUUAGCCACCCCGGAGCCCUGAAACUAACAAAUAACUGACAAACUGCACGGAAUUUGUUCAAAUCAACUCCAACGACUAAAUAAACCCCCGCUAACUCCAAGAUAAAGCCUAAUGUCAAAAAUUCUGAACUUCCCCUUUAAAAUAAAGACCUAGCUGUUAAAAAAUUGUCUAUAAAAGUUGUAAAGCAAUAAAACAAACGACAAAAAAUAUUGAAAUGAACAAGAAUCCUACAACGUAUUUCAUAAUGGGUCAAAAUCAUUUUUCGAGCAGAUCAUGUGACUAGCACCUAAGACACUAGCUUUUGCUUUGCUAAGCCAAAACUACACCUGUGGAGGCAAGAUGGGUAUUUAGAAUUUCUGUAAACCUAAGCUUUCAAACGCAACCAACAAAAACUGAGCUUGAACAGUUUUACAUAUAUGUAUAUACAGUAUUGGCCAAAAGUUUGGCGACACCUCAAAGGUGGACACUUUGAAGAAUGUUGAAUAUAAAACCUGUUUUCAGUUAUUUCACUUUUUUUGCCAUUCCACGUGUUCGUUCAUAGUUUUGAUGUAUUCAGAGAGGAUUUACAAUAGUAGGGAAAUAUAUAAAACGUAAAAAUGUUUAGGUGUGUCCAAACUUUUGACUUUUGUUUCAGUCAUCAACAUGCUUUGCCCCUAGCCCCACAAAAGUAAAACUCCGCCUAUGGUUACAAACACUGACAAUAAAUUGUGCAUAAAGGCUGGUUACAAACUGUAGAAGUGCUGGCUGUCUUGUUACCUGUAGGCUUUUUCGAGUUUUGUCGCGUUGUCCUGUAAUUCCAAGUGCUUCCUUGUUGAAUUGGAUGUAGAGUUUUUAGCGGCCGACAGUCUUUUUCAGCCAGCGUAAAAGUUUGCUACGCACGGAGAUAUUUUUGUCAUCUUUACUGGACAGAAAUGUGAAGUAAUUGCUGUAUUUCCAGUGAGCAAAGGCAUCCCGUUGCGGUAUAUAUCCUGCCUUUCACUGUUAGCCUCGCUGCCUCGUCAGAAUGCUACUGUAUGUUGUUGACCGCCGUGGCAGACAGCCUCAAACAGCAUCGUCAUACACGUGACCCCCCCCCCCCCCCCCCCCGAUGAGAAAUGCUCUUCGUACAUGACUACAGUAUUCUUCAUUCUACAUACAUUAUGAAGCAAAAACAAAAUAGUAACGCACAGGCACUAGGGAAACUAACUUUAAUCGGAUUACUGGCUUGGAAAAAUGAACGCGUUAGAUUACUCGUUACUGAAGAAAGUAAUCAGAUUACAGUAACGCGUUACUUAGUAACGUGUUACUGACAACACUGGUCUUAAGGAAGACUGCGUUUCCCAUGAGGACCAGCGCACACCCGCUGAGUCUUAAAUUCAUGAUCUCUCUGUCACCUGCAGAUUCAUUUCUGUUUCCAGUGGCUUUGUGAAGGAUGAAUAGUCAUAAGGUAAUGAAUCCAGUUGCGGCAAAAAAAAAAUAGCAUGUGACGGUUGGCAACCGUGUGGCUUAGUGUGGCUGACCCCACACCAGCGAUGUCACACCAGCAAAUGAAAGCCGGGCAAAUGUUUACUCUUGAGUAUCCUGGCAGCCUCCCUUUUUACCCCUCCUAGGGCAAAACUUUUUGUUUGUUUUGAAUCCCUGCCAUCUUUGCAGAAGUCGCGCAAAAGCAUUCACAUCGACUUCCGUCUUUAUAUUGAAUGGGUGGGAGAAGUGACGUAUGCCGUAAAGCAGUCAGCAUAUUUGUAGGGUUUUUUUUUUUGUGUGGCAGGGUUCCUGCCACCCUCCUUAAAGUUAAUUAGUACUAGUGAAAGCAAUACAGACCCCGUGAAGAUAUAAAAGAGGUGUCAUUCAACUAGUUGUCAGUUGAUAUGUCAUCACAAAUGUUAAAUAUUUUAUAAAGGUUGAAAAGUUACCUAGUGUUGCUUUAAGGCUUCAAAUUUCACUGUCUUUGCUUUUUUCAGGGUACCCGCCUAUUUCAGGGUACCCUUAAAAACUUGAAAAAGUCUUACAUUUAAUAACCGUAAAUUAAGGCCUUUAAAAGGUCUUAACUUUUGUUUACAAGUAUUAAAUUUUAUUCUCAAAUGUCUUCAUUUUUUCCCUGUCUUAUCUGCAUGAUUGAGCUAAUAACUGUAUAAUAAGUAA